ACCUGCACGUCUUUUCUACAAGUACUUAUGACUGAGACAACACUGCUGCCGUAUGACUUAAAUAUCUGUCUCCUUUUUCAGUGUUCAACAUCGCGCUGUAUGACUGACCGUCCACAUAAUUAAAGAUCAGCGACGCAGGAUUCCAGGAAGACAUGGCACACACAUUUUUGCUGUUCUUUUAUAUUGCUGGGUGUCUGGUUGCUGUAUUUGGGUAUCCAAGUGGACUAAUAAGUGCUUCGUGUGACACCAUGCUUCCAAUACAUGGGAAGGCUAUUCCCCAGUCUUCAGCAGCCCCUUAUGUCAUCACAGCAUCUACUAACACAUUUAUGCCUGGUGAUAAUAUAACAGUAACCAUAAAAAGCAGUGGAUCACAAGGUUUUAAAGGAUUCCUUUUAGAAGUUCGAUUAAUGGGAGGAAAUGGGAUAACUGGAACGUUCAGCACUACAAAUAACAAUGUUCGCAUACUAUCUUGCAACACAGGAGCGAAUAAAGCUGCCAGCCAUACCGACAGUAAUCUUAAACAGUCUGUGACGGCUGUGUGGACAGCACCCCAAGGAGCAGGACCUGUGCGCUUCACAGCAACUGUAUUACAAGAUUAUUCUACCUUCUGGACUGGAGUUAAAAGUGACAUAAUUUUAACAUCCCAGAUGUCCAAUAUCACCUGUGGUACUCAGAAGACUUGCCUGAGUGAUCCAGUGAACUGCAGUCCAAAUGACAGUGGUUGUCUUUUCAUGUCCUCGUCUGCCUCCAGUGAUGGCAUUGGCUAUGUGUUUGAAAUAAGUGGGCCAACUUCAGGAUAUGUGGCUAUUGGAUUUUCAUAUGAUACAAUGAUGGGCAAUGAUGAUGUUUAUAUCUGUACCACAAACUCAUCAGGAAACAUUCUAGUACAGCAUGGGUACACCACAGGAACUGUGGCUCCUCAACUCAGCAACUCGAAUACAGCAGGGAAUAUUGUCACAUCCUAUAUAAAUGGUGUAUUGAAAUGUUCCUUUAUUACUCAGAGUAGCAUUUCUACUCAGCAACGAUCUAGUGCCAAUUCAAGCUUUUACAUUUUUCUAGUCAGUGGCCCAUCAAUUGCUAGUGGACAAAUUGAGAAACACACCAAGACCUUGAUAUCCACAACUACAGUUGAUAUGGUGUCAAUUUCCAAUGUGACUGUUGCAGCAAGUGGAUCGAGCCCUUUAGUUCUUGGUCAUGGUGCACUAAUGCUCAUUGCCUGGAUGACUACUGGUGGUAUUGGGAUGAUCAUGGCUCGCUAUAUGAAAAGUGCCGCUGGCAAACCAAUAUUUGGGAAGGCCAUAUGGUACCAGACUCACUUCUUCUUGAUGAUUUUGACUGUAGUUCUAACCAUAAUAGCAUUUAUCAUGGUCUUUGCUGAGGUUUCUGGAUGGAGUGGGGAUGCAGGGGCCCAUCCUGUUCUUGGAUGCAUUGUAAUGAUCCUGUCAUUCUUUCAACCAAUUGCUGCAAUGUUCCGUCCAGACCCAAAGAGUAAAAGGCGCCAAAUCUUCAACUGGGGACACAGACUCAAUGCACUGGUUAUAAAAGUGCUUGCAGUGGCCACCAUCUUUCUUGGGCUGAUUCUGAUAGACACAACCUCCAACAAUUGGAUGCCUAAGGUUAUGGGUGGAUUUUUUGCAUGGGAGGUUCUUUUUUAUAUCAUCCUGGAGAUUAUGGCAAACUUGAAAAAAGAAAGUGUGUAUGAAAAUGAUAGUAUAAGGCCUGAAACAAGUGUCCUCAUUGUUUUCAUCGCUGGAAAUGUGGCCUUUCUUAUAGCCCUACUGGUGGGCAUUGGACAAUCGUAGUAUAAGAACUGCUAUUUGGAAGGAUAAUUUUUAUUUGCCAAAAGACUGUUUACAAUAAUUUGCUUCUACUCUCAUAAGCUAAUGGCUUGCUACAUCUUCAUUUGUAAAUAACCAAUGUCCAUAUCCAAUGUGUUCAGACGCAUUUUCAUUGUUCAGAAUGCAUGUAAAGUGUUUACAAUGACUGAUAUUUUAGCAUGAAUGAGUAAACACUGGGACAGAUGACUGUAUUUACAAAAAUCAUGUCAAAAUUGUACUUAAGUUUUUAUAUAAACCUUGAACUUUGUUUUAUAAAAAUAA